AUGAGCCUUGAUACUCAAUUUGGCUUGGUAUUGACAGAGGAGACGGUACAGUUAUCCGAUCUAUUUUGCCCUAAUUCGCAGCAGAAAAUCGUUUUUCCUCUUGCUGUUCAGGUGCUGAAUAGCAUGGCGUAUUUUAUCAGCCUGCCUUCUGUAAAUUUAGUAGAAAGGCGAUUUUGGAUGCGAAACUGGUUGCCUCCUGCCGUAGACAGAAUCCCUCCCUUACCGGCACUGGUAGCAAGUUUGGGACUUGAAGAUGCUGGAAGGGAAGACGAGGGAGGGAAGGGCUGGACUAUCGGGCCCAAGCUCAUGGCAGUUCGUCCGGCCAUAUUGGUGUUUCUCACGAGUGGUCUUUUCAAUCGACCCGUGUCUGGCAGGAUCGACUUAGCUGCUGUCAAUGUGAGGCCGGGAUCAUUCGGGUUCGAGAGCGCAGGCCACGCGCAGAUUCAGAAGCAUCAUCGUCAUGGUUGA